AUGCCACCUCGAAUCGCAUCUAAUCGUGGCGGCCGCGGUGGAGGACGUGGUCCUGCCCGCGGCGGCCCCGGUCGUGGUGUGGGUCGUGGUGGCACGCAAGUUGGCCCUAGCAUAGCCGACUAUGUCACCACUGUCGGUGUCAAGAGGCGUGAUUACGGAACCGACGGAAGUGCUAUACGAAUCCGCGUCAACGCGUUUGUAGCAAGCAUACCCCAGUCAAAGAUUUAUCACUACGAUGUUGUCGUUGAUCCGGCAAAACUCCCAGCCCGCUUUAAUACGGAACUAGUCAAAAUUCUCCAAGCUUCCCAGCCUACCAUUUUUACGCCUCUUGUCGUCUAUGACGGACGUGCCAACAUUUUUGCGCCGCGUAAAUUACCCCUGGGAGACACGGAUUCUCGUGAGGUUUGA